UGCUACUGAAGUGAAAUUUUGGGUAUCGAUUUUUUUCUAUAAUCAAAUAGUUCUAUCUUUCCUGAUCACUUUGGUAUAAUUUUUAUGCAUAUUGAAGCACGGGAUCAUCAAUAAAUUUUUGCUCAAAGUUGGGUUAAGCGUGCGAAUUUUUACCACUGAAAUAUUAUACGGAUGUGACGUAAUAAAAAGGACGGAAGUCGAAGUAUGAGCAUUGAUUUACUAGUAUUUUGUUAGAUUUUUAACACAUAUACACAAUAAAAUAUGAGUUCUUCAAGCAGUGAAAGCGAACGCAGUUCGGAUACUGAAAACUCAGAUAUGGCAAAUGAAAAUUUACUUUCAAAUUCCGGCGAUGAGGAUACAAUUGUGGCUAAUUCAGUGGUAAAUUCUUACGAAAAUGAACCUCUUGCGAACGCAGUCGGAGAGAAUUUUGUGUCGGUCGAAGAAGACGCAGAUGGCUUAGAACCUCGAACAUUGGAAGAGAGGUUCGAAGGAACCUUUCAGUUAGAUAAGUGGUGUGCAUGUAGCUUGGGUCGUACUCAACUGCUGACAGAUGCCAUUGAAUACCGUUGUUGUCAAUAGGUUGGGCCUACUUUACAUAAACUGGUAUUCGAUGUUAGCA